AUGACUCUGCAGGUGCUUUUUAAACGGAAGCCGGUUCAACUCCGGCCACCACCAGAAAAUCUGCGAGAUCACGACGAGGUCUGGUACAUAAAAGACACAGGCGAGAUCUUCGACUCAUAUGAUUCCUAUUUGGCAAGAAUGGAGUUCUACAAGCAGCGCAAAUUCAACUGCCAGAUUACCGGCCACUCCGGUUUGACUUUCUUCGAGGCCAUCGAGAGCGAGGUUUGUCUUCCUUCUGUUCCACUCUCCGACAUUUGGCUCUGCGACCUUCUUCACCCCCGACGCCGGUUGCGUACUAACCUUAUAAUCUCACAGCGUGCCGGUGCUGCCGAAGUUGAUCAAGCGUUUCCCGAAGCCCUCAAGGGCCCAGUCUUGCGCCGUGUCCAGUUCCAAACCGUUUCCCGCAUCGACUCGUUAGUCGACCAGAUCUACGACGAGUUCAAGACCGACUACCACCCAGGCGAAGCCGUCACCGUGAUCAUGUCCGACGCCGAGCGCCGGCAUGGCAUUGUGCGCGACAAGACCCGCUACGGCAGCAAAGUGCUUCCCGACGGUACCCUCACGCCCCCGUACACGAGGUAUAUUGUUGGCCUCGAUGGCCGUCGUGGCGACGAAGCUGUUCUCGAGGAAUCGAACAUUUACCGCGACCGGAAAGUCUUCACCAAGUCGGUUCUCCGAUCAUUCAUCAAGAAGACCGUCUCGCGGGAGGCGUGGAAUGGCGCCCCGUGGCUGGUAAAGAGCGACGUUGCAGAACAGUACCAUAUCGACACGCGCGUUCCCUCCAACCUUCUUUACAAUACCAAGAUCAUGGAGAGGAAGCAACUGCAGGCGCAAAAGCGACAAUCUCAGAACCACAGCGAUUUCAGCACCCUAUUAAACAGCAGCCCGAGCAGCCCAGACGCCGGCGGUGGAUUGCGGCUGCCAGAGCUGAAGCCGGUGAAAAGCCACAAGGCUAAGCACAUCCAGCUCGCUCAGCAGCAGCGCCAGCAGUUGAGCCAGGAGAAGAAUCAGCUCAAGAUCAAUGGUUCGUCGAAACCCAGACACAAUGGAUUUUCCCACCACCCUGAAGCCGGCCAAUUCCAAUAUUUGCCAUUACCGAACAGCCCUUUUAAGUUUUCCCUGUCCAUGCGAAAUCAGACCCUCACACCGCCAGGUCACAACGUCGCACAAGCUCCCGUUCAGCCGCCGCCGCCGCCGCCGCCGCCUCCCCGUUACCCGAUCGAAGACCUCCAGCUCGAGCCGAGCAGAUCGACGCGCCCUGCCCUCCGGUUCCUAUGCAACGAUCCGCCUGUCCAAGCCGACCAGAAGGGCCAGAAAGCGCGACUACCUGUCUCCGAAAAGAUCUUGAUGAAAACGGUUGGUCCUCUGCUGGAAACGUGGGAUACUCUCAACGUGUACUGCGAGAUCUUCAAGCUCGACUCGUUCACCUUCGACGAUUUUAUCGAAACAUUGCAUUCGGCGUCCGACGACGAACCCGUGCAGCUUUUUGACGAAAUCCACUGCUCUGUUCUCAAGACGCUUGUGCAUUCCGAAGCCGACGGCGGCGCCGUUCAGAUCCACCUCCCAGAUGUCGAGGGCGAAGAUGACGAAGAAGACAAGGAGGGCGAGGAAGAAGAGGAGGAGGAAGAGGAGCCCGAACCUGAACCUGCGCCGCGGGCCACUAGAGCGACCCGCAGCAGUCUCGCAAAGGUCGAAGCGGAACGGCUAGCGGCUGAGGCUGCCGCAGCCGAAAAAGAAGCAGAAGAGGAGGAAGCUGCCGCCGUCCACAGCGCCGAAGCGGCCCUCGAAGACUACGACUGGAUCGAUGAACUCCGCAAGCGGAACUUCAAGGAGGGUGGCUGGCAGCUGAUCCUCGUCGGCCUAUUGUACCAGCUCUCCAAGGACGAGCGCCGCCAGGCCGUUUGCGAGGAGCUGCUGGCCCAGAUUGUGCCGCCCAACGUCGAGGCCACAAAGGAGACGGUGCGGGAGCACUACUCCGCGCUCGACAUCAACUACCGCGUCCAGGUGCUCCAGAUCAUCUGCAUGCUCACCAUGGAGACCAAGGCCGUCCGCGGCUACAUGGAGGACUGCAGCGAGCAAAUGACCAAGUACCGCAAGGAGAAGAUCGAGUGGCAACGGUCGCGGAAGCAAGCCGUCGAGGAUCUCAAGGUACUCAACGAGCAGCGCAAAAUUCUUCUCCCGGACAACAUGCCGCCGUCUCCGCCCCAAGAGGCGACAAAACUUGACGAUGUCAAGAUGACCGAUGCGGAAGAUCUCUCUCAUGCCGGCGACGACGACUCCGACGACUCUGGUGCUCCCCCAGUCACCGCCCGCGGGCGUAGCCUGCGCAGAGCCGACGACCGCGCUGCAGAGCGGAAGCGCAAGAUCGAGGAGGAGAUUGAACGUAAGAAGGAAGCCGAGGCUGCGGCCAAGAUGCCCAAGCAGUCCAAGCAGUUCAUCAAGCUCUUGCGCGACAUUGAGAAGAAAGAGGAGGAGAUCAAGGAGUGCGAAGACGAGAUUGCGACUCUCGACAACGACCUGCGCGAAGCCGACUGCCCGCGCACGCGCGUCCUGGGCAAGGACCGGUUCUGGAACCGGUACUACUGGUUCGAACGCAACGGCAUGCCGUACGGUGGUCUCCCCACCAGCUCGACGGCCGAGGCCGGCUACGCCAACGGCUGCAUCUGGGUGCAGGGCCCGGACGAGCUCGAGCGGGAGGGCUAUAUUGACAUGCCCGAGCAGUACCAAAAGGAGUACAAGGCCAAGUUCAACAUGACGGUGCCGGAACGCAAGAAGCUCGAAGAGGGCGCAACCAGCAUCUCCAACGCCACCCAGUGGGGCUACUUUUCGGAGCCCAAGGAGCUCGACGACCUCAUCAACUGGCUGGACUCGCGCGGGUUCAACGAAAUGAAGCUACGUAAAGAGCUGGUUUCAUUCCGCGAAAAGAUUGCGACACACAUGCAGAACCGCAAGAAGUACCUGUCGCUGCCAGACGAAGAGGAAGCCAGCGACGACAAGGAGAAGGAGAAGGGGGACGAAGACAAGGACAAGGAGAUGGCCGUCGAGCACCCCGUGACCAACGGCACAUCCAAGGGCACAUCCAAGCGCAAGAGCACCCGCGCCGUCAAGGCGGCACCCACGCCCGAUCCGACCCCAACGAUCCUGCGCUGCAUGCAGUGGACAAACGGCAUGGCCCUCGAAGACCUCGGCCACCUCCACAGCGAGCCGCCACCGCCGGCUCGCUCGCGCAAGCAGAGCCGGAAGAAGGAGGCGGCGCCCGAAGAGGAGCCCCCCCGCAAGAAGACGCGCCAGGGCACGGCGCGCCGAUAG